AUGGUGACCACUGGUCACACCACCAGCAGCCUUCUCUGGGGUCGCCACCUGCAGCAGCUCAAGGAGGUGCUGCGCAAGGCAGAGUUCGUUUCUUUGGACCUUGAACUCACCGCGUCGGACCCAAGCAGGUGGAUUUUGACCCCCGCCAGCAUUUACCUCUUCCCCAACCAGCCCCGCAUCUUCCAAGAAGAGGAAGAGGAAAGGACAGCUUUGCUUCAGCGAAUGGAAGAGCUGCGCCGACUCAAAGACAAGUCCACGCAAAGCCCUGCAGCAGACUCUGCUCCUUCUAAUUUAUUUCCCUUUCCGGAAUAUACCGACGAGGAAACGCAGCAGCUUUUUGCUUCCGCAAAACUCGCGAUUAACAACUGGCUGAAGAGCAGCAGCAGCAGCAGAAGCGGCAGCAGCAGCAGCGGCAGCAGCAGCAGCAGCAGCAGCGGGGGGGAAGGAGGCAACGGCUGGGGGGGAAGGCCGGGGGGAGUUUCUCAAGAAAGUGGGAGGAAUGAAAUAAAUGAAAGACAAAGUGGAGCAGCAGCAGCAGCAGCAGCAGGAGAGGGGGGUCCCCUCGAGCUGUACGUACAGCUGCCGCUGCAGCGGCUGCUGCUGCACUCUUUCAUUUCUCAUCAGUUUCCAUUUCUUUGCAGCAAAACAAAAACAAAAAAAGGAAAUAAAGUUGUCGCCAUUUACAAGAGUGCGCGAGAGGUGUAUUCGGAAGAGCUGGGGGACUUGGAAGCAGCUUUGGAAAAGCUGAAGGGGCAAAGAGGGUGUCGGGAAUUAUUAGAAAUAAUAAUUGAAAACAAAUUGGCCCUCGUGGGCCACUGCUGCUUCUACGACUUUCUGCAUUUGUACCAGUCCUUCAUCAGACUAGACGAAAUGCUGCAGAGUGUCUUUUCUUCGCCGGGGAGCAGCAGCGGUGCAGCAGCAGAAGCAGCAACAGCAGCAGCAGCAGCAGCAUCAAAAGAAGGAAAUGAAGCCACAAAAGAAAAAGAAAAAGAAAUAAAUGAAAAUAGUUUUCCAAAAGAAAAUUUUCUUUCUCACGACGCUGGCUAUGACAGCUUGUUGACUGCAGUGAUCUUCUUGACCCAGAUCGGCUGCGUGGCGCGGGAGAAGAGGAUCGGCUGGGCCGAUCUUUAUUUUCGAUCCCCCGCCCCUCCUUCCAUUUCCCCGAAAGUUUCUGCAAACGAGUUAUUAGCAGCAGCAGCAAAUCGUGUGCGGCUCGUGCGGACACAGCCGCCUUUUAUACACCUGGAGCCCCCAGAUAGCCAGCAGCAGCAGCAGCAGCCGCAGCAGCAGCCGCAGCAGCCGGAUCGCGAUCAGCAGCAGCCCCUAGCCCAGCAGCAGCAGCAGCAGCAACAGCAGCAGCAGCAGCAGCAGCAAGAAGAGGACCGGCUAACAUUUGCCAUGGUGGACAUUCCGCCGAAUUGGAGCUCGUGGGAUAUCCAGCAGCUGUGGGCCCCUCUUUGGGUGUACGUACACCUGGAGGAGCAGCAGCGCGUUUGCUGGAUCAAAGCCAAAACAGAAGUUGAUGCAAAUACAAUAAAGGACAUUUACAACAACAUGAAGCACAAGCAGUUCAAGCUGCUGAAACACGCGGAGUACAGACACCUGAAAGAACAGGAAGCGGAAAUGAAACAGUAA